UAGGCAGUGCUUUUGCUGUGACGUUGUGCUGGCUUCCAGCCUGAAAGCCCUGGGGCACUGGGAAGAAACAGCUUGAUACGAAGUGGCACACAACAGGAAGACCAAAAUACGAGAUCUAAAGGAGGAAAAGCAUGGACAAGACAAUCACCACUGGCAAAUUUAAAGACAAGCCACCCCUCCAGGACAGCAGUGGCAGUAUGGUUCCUGCUAAGAGUGGGUGCCAUAAUUGUUCAAAGCUAAAGAUAUUUCUUGGAGCUCUAGCUUUUUCCUUUUUUGCCAAAGGACUUUCUGGAAGCUACAUGAAGAGCAUGUCCAGUCAAAUUGAAAGGAGAUUUGAAAUCUCAUCAUCAAUUGUUGGCAUUAUUGAUGGCAGCUUUGAGUUAGGUAACUUAAUGGUAAUGGUACUGGUGAGCUACAUUGGACCAAGAGUUCAUCGACCAAAAGUAAUUGCUGUUGGAUGUCUCAUUAUGUCUUUAGGAGCAUUUUUGUCAGUGAUGCCUCAGUUCCUAAUGGGACGUUAUAAUUAUGAAAGGAUAGCUGUUACUGUGGACAACUCUUCUACGAGUGUAUCAGCUUGCUCCCCAGCAUCCUCUGUGGGCCAUCCAGUCUCAGAUACUACAGAAACACCUAGCACAAUGAAAAAUUCAGGAUGUGAGAAAACAUCAAAUUCCUACCUGUGGCUCUUUGUGUUGAUGGGGAAUCUUUUACGUGGAAUUGGGGAAGCACCAGUUAUGCCACUGGGGGUUUCAUAUAUUGAUGAUUUUUCUAAAGAAGAAAACUCUGCAUUCUACAUAGGCCUGGUGAGGUCCUCAGGGAUGUUUGGGCCAACCCUGGGCUUCCUGCUUGGAUCUUUCUGUGCCAGCCUCUGGGUCGAUAUUGGCAUUGCGGAUAUCGAUGCCAUUAGCAUAAAUCCCAAGGAUACCCGCUGGGUUGGUGCCUGGUGGCUUGGAUUGCUUAUUUGUGGAGCAGUCAACUUCAUUGCUUCAUUGCCUUUCUGGUUUCUGCCUUACUCCUUACUGAAAGAAGGAGAGGAGCAAAAUCUGAAGAUCAGUCAUCUGCCUGCUCAAGAUCCCUGUAAAAUAGACCCCUUUGUUCAGCCACAGUUGAAGUUCUCUGAGGCAGUAAAAGAUUUCCUACCAACUUUGAAGAAGCUGUUUGGAAAUCCAGUUUUCCUGGUGUAUGUGUUCCUCACCAUUCUGCAGUACAAUUCUCUUGUUGGGUUGAUAACCUACGAGACAAAGUUUAUGGAGCAGCAAUUUAAUGUAUCAGUGGCAAGAGCAAUCUUUCUAGUUGGUGUGAUACUGUUGCCCAUCACAAUCCUGGGGAUGUUUCUAGGAGGCUAUCUGAUCAAGAAAUUCAAACUUGACAUAACUGGAAUAACAAAGUUUGCAUGCAUCUCCUUUAUAGUAGCAUAUCUGUUAAACCUGUUGUACUUUACAUGCAGUUGUGAGGUGCUCCAGCUGGCUGGUCUGACAGUGCCCUAUUCUGGAUUGAAACAACUUUCCUCCCCCCAAAACAGCUUCAUGGACAGUUGCAAUGCUGAUUGCAGCUGUGAGGUGGAUCAGUGGGAUCCUGUAUGUGGGGACAAUGGGAUCACUUACAUGACGGCCUGUUUUGCAGGAUGUAAAUCAUCAACUGGGACAGGAAAGAAUAUGGUGUUUCACAACUGCAGCUGUGUGGAAGGACAAGGACGUGUGCUUGGCAAUUCUUCUGCAGUUUUGGGACAAUGCCAAAGAGAGAGCUGUACCAAAGCAUUUCCCUAUUUUUUAGCAUUACAGACUGCAUGUGCAUUUAUUUUAGCCUUAGGAGGCACUCCUACAUACAUGAUUAUGUUUAGAUCUGUGUCACCAGACCUGAAAUCCUUUGCUGUUGGGAUUGAAACUUUAGGUGGUAGAGUACUAGGAGGACUUCCAGCUCCUAUUUACUUUGGUGCCUUGAUAGAUGAGACCUGCUUGAAAUGGGGGACAAAAAGCUGCGGGGGAUCUGGGUCUUGCCGAGUGUAUGACACAAAAGCAUUCAGAAAUGUCUAUCUUGGCCUCAUUGCUGGACUACGGGCAGGAUGCUCUCUCUUAUACAUAGUGCUCUUUGUUUUAAUAAUGAGACGCUUCAAACCAGAUGACAAGGAGAUGACAGAUAUUAAAAAUGCAGAAAGACCAACCAGCAAAGAACCAGCUACAGUGAACAAAAAAGAAAUUCUUCCUGGUGCACAAACUUCAGAGGAGAGUGAAGAAACUUAUAUGUGAAAAGGAAACAAGGCCUCUCCCCAGCUCUGCCUAUGCUUCAGUUUUUCUAAGCACAACGGAGUCUAAUUACUGACUUCAACAGCCGGUUUACAUUUGGAGGUUGAAAAAAUACCCUCGAAACAUUGGCCUUUAAGCUGAUUUACUUUAUUCUCAUAUUGUCCUUAUCUGAAACAAUAGAGUGAAAAUGUUUUCAAAAUCUGGGGGAACGCUCCAACCUUGCACUGUCAGUACUCUUCUAGAUUGCCCAUAGGACUGACCAAAAUUUUUCCAGUAUAAUAAGUUUGAUUAUAAUUGAAAAAUUAAAAAGAAGAAAUCCUCAAUAAUCUUAUAUUCCUUUUUUUUUUUUUUUUUUUUUUUUUUUUAAGCCAUCUGUAUUUCAAGUCCUCUUGCUCUGCAUUUAGUCCUAUGGCUCUACAUAGCUAAUCAAGUUACACCUGACCAGUUGUUCUGAUGGCCUUUGCUGUGCAGUUCAUGGUUAGUGCUCCUUGUUACAGGCUUGGUCCAAUUGCCCAUGCUCAGGUGAGAGCCCCAGGGCUGCCAGUGAGCAUCUGAACAAGAACUGCACAAUGACUCUGGGGUUUGGCUUGACCACAUUAAACAAUCAAAAUGGAUUGCAAGCAAAAGAAAGUAGUACAUUAAUUUUGCAGUACAUUUCAGUGUUGAGUUAAACUUACUCUGAACUGAUGCAAUAAAUGGAUAGGUGUUAAAGUUAAGUUUCUUUGACUUGUUUGUGUGUGUGUGUUUGCAUGUAAGGGUAUCUUUUUUUAUGGCCACUGCAUUUAUACCACAUGUAUAUAGAUUUCCUUCCAUGUUCCAUGGAACUGCCAGCUAGCCUUGAAAUAAAGUGCUGAAAGCUUGCAAAUUCACAGCUUUCCAUGGACAAACUAGUCUAGAGAGAAUCGGUAAUAAAGGAUGCUUCCAACAGUGAU